AUGGUGAGAGACGCAGACAAUCAGUUAGAAGAGGGGAGUGGUGAGAGACACAGAUGUGUUUUAGAGAGAGGAGUGGUGAGAGACGCAGACAAUCAGUUAGAAGGGAGGAGUGGUGAGAGACACAGAUGUGUUUUAGAGAGAGGAGUGGUGAGAGACGCAGACAAUCAGUUAGAAGAGGGUAGUGUCUCAUAUCUAUCUAUCUAUCUAUCUAUCUAUCUAUCUAUCUAUCUAUCUAUCUAUCUAUCUAUCAUAGUCUCUCAUCGAUCUAUCAAUCGCAGUUUCUCCUUAUCUAUCACAAUCUCUCCUUAUCUAUAUAUCUAUCACAAUCUCUCCUUAUCUAUCUAUCUAUCUAUCUAUCAUAGUCUCACAAUCUCUUCUUAUCUAUCUAUCUAUCUAUCUAUCUAUCACAGUCUCACCUUUAUCUAUCUAUCUAUGUCGUUUUAUAUAUCUUAA